UGGAGAUGCUUAAGAAAGUACUGAAGAUCCUAGGACUUAGGAAAUAUUAUGAAAAUUUCACAACAAAAGGGUACACCUACAAACUCAUUGAAACUGUGAUACAGAACCAGAACUUUUAUAUGAUUUCUGAGAUUUGAAAGGAAACUAGUAUUUCACUGACAGAUUUUGCAAAGAUCAUAAUUUCAUUCGAUUCUGAAGGAACCAAGCAGAUUGGGGAAAUCAGAGAAAAUCUUUUUAAUUUCUCUAAAACUUUGGAGACAGAAGAAGCUUCAGAGGAGGAAAGCUCAGAUGAAGAGGCCCCGUGUGUGCUGAAUGAUCUUAAGACGUUUAAUUCACAAGUAGAGAUAGAUAAACUUGCCAUGAUCAUGAGAUCUCAAUGCAAGUUCCCUACUAUGACAGACUUCAAUAUUUGGAUGAAGGCCAUUAAUAAGUUAGGCUAUUUCUACCAGAAAGCAAUCGGGAUUGAUGACAAGAGCAGAAUUCAGUAUGAAUGAGAUAAGGCUCCUGCUUGAAGAUCAAGAAUAUUACUCAAAAGGAAACCGAAGGAUCGGAAUGCUAUUGUUAUGGAAGUUGAGGAAGAGACAGAAUUUGAAUAUGAUCUUGAGUUAUUCAAAAGUUUUCACUCUCAUCCACCAAUAGAGCAAAAUUCUAAGGUUAUUCUACCUAGUAACAUAGAUAAGCCUGAGAUACGGGAAAGUAUUAAAAAGAAUAACUGCAACCUAGAUUUGACAAAAGAUGUAUCUUGUGAUAGAAUUUUUAAUCCGAAGGAAAAACAGCCAGAAGAGGACAAACAGAAUGAUGAUAAGUUUUGAACCAGGGAAGAAAUGAUUGCUAUCAAGACAAUUUUGAAAAACCCAAAGAUGCACUUUUUAAUUACUGAAAUGAUGGCAAAUAGUAAUUGCCUCAAGUACAUUCACAAGAAAGUCCAGAGGUAUGCAGAGAGGUUUAACUUGCCAGCAAUAAGACUGCCUUUUGGAGCUUUUGAGAUGGAAUUUCAUAAGCAUUACACUUAUCAUAAUGAGCCAACAUCUUUCAUGUUCACACAUGGGCCAGUAUCGAGUGCUAGGAAACCUGAUAAGACCAAUUAUCUUCAAGAUGUGAUGGAGUUAGACAUGCCAAAGGAAAGUGCUUAUACUCUGUCUAAUGAUGAUACUUGCAAACAGUUAAGACUGAUGUUUCCUAAAUCGGUAUUGCUAACUUCUUCUCCUGAUCAGACAAACCUUCUAUUCCUGUUCAAGCCAGUAUUGCCCACUAAUGUUGUAUGCAUACAUUGUGGAUAUAAAUUGAAUAAUCCUGAUCUAUCUUUAACCAUAAUUUGGACUGUCUCCAGCAACGGUCACUGAGCUAUACUAGGCGGAGUAAUCUCUAUUGGCAAAGAGAAUGAUUUCAAUUGGGUAGCUAAAGCUGUAAAAGGACUUGGAGGAGCAGAUUGGGAUAUUGUAGUGAUAGGAGGAUACUCAGAUCCUGCUAAGUACUUUAAAUCCUACCUUCUAUCAACUUGGCACCUAUAUCUUGAACUUUUCAACCAGUUCAAAGGUGAAAAACACAACUCUAACAAAAUCUACGAGAGUUUUAGUGACCUCGUCAACCUGAAAAGAAAGGAAGAAUUUGAGGAUUCAUGGGCUGAAUUCACGAAACUAUUCAUCGGACUUGAAGAAUCCCAAGCUGAGUUUUUAGACAAACUUAAAAGCCAAAAGGAGCUCUGGUGAAGCUGUUUUACAGACACUAAGCAACUUUUUAUGCAUGAUUCUUUGGAAAGAAACAGGUACCUGUUCGAUAUUGUAACUAAAUCCCUGCAUAAAUUUAAGUCUGAGAAAAUGUCCCAAGUUAUUCAAGCUAUUAGGCUUGUUAAAGUAAUUCCAUACUUCUGAGAGGACGAUGAUAUUGAUGAGAAAAUUUCGAGGUCUCAUAAGAGAGCUCAUUACAACAAGCUCAAGAAUCAACUGAAUGAGGAGUAUUGAGAGUAUAUAGUUAGCAAAGUCAUGAAAGCAAUUUAUGAGUGAGAUAACUAUAUUCUUACCUAUCCAGAUAGUAAUCAAAAGAAAUAUCAGGUUUACGACGCAAACAGAAAUGAGUUUACAGUAACUUAUCCUGAAGGAAAAUGAUGCUGUAAGGUACCUCUGACUCAAGGGAUCCCAUGCUCUCAUUUAAUUAAGGUCAUUCUUGAUAAAAGUGGGAAUACAGUAGAGAUACUUGAUAGUUUCAUAGAAGAUAGAUGGAGAAAACAUGACGGACUCACAGUCUGAAUCCCUGAGAAAUCAAUUGAGGAUCUUCUUCUUGAAACUGCCCCUACAAUUCCUCUCCAAAACGUUGGUGCUCCAACAAGAUUCAGCAAAUACGUGUAUAAAAAGCGUUACAGGAAAGAGAAAUUCAAGAAGCACAAGUCUAGAAAAUUCCGUGAAGCACCAGAUGCAGAUAUAACCUCAUACUCCAACAUUUUCCCAAAGAAGAACCUUGAAUACACAAACAGACGUCGUAAGGAGAUGUCCUCCAUCGUCCCUGAAAAGCCUGGCCAGGUAAUCUUCACCAGUAACAUGUUCGACUAAACUCCCUUAAAAAUCUAAAUUUAAACUAAAAAUC